AUGAGCCACUACCAUCGCCAGGGCGGCCCUGGUCAGCCCCACGAUUCCUACGAAGACCAACAACAACCGUAUUACACCGACCAAGCUCAUUCCGGAUACGAUCAUCAUUCAUACCAUCAGCAGCAGCUCUAUCAUGCUGCUUACGACGCCGCACAGCCCGAGUAUCAGGCCGCUCCUGUCAAGCCACAGAGGCAACCAUCCAGAAUCAGAUCCAAUUCGUCAGGUAGUCGCUCUGUAUCCCACACUCCUGCCGCUUACACCAACCAAGGCAUACCUCCCGUUCCCUCAAACCUCUCUGCAGCUCGACAACGCUCCGAUCCAAGCCAAGCGCUUCCUCCAUCUUCCUCUUCCUACGCUCAGGACGCCUUUUCGCGGCCUUCUUAUUCUUCCCAUCGGAACGCACCAAACGCACCAAAUAGCAAUCAUCCAAGUCGUUGGGAUCCCAACGCCUCCUACGACACAGCUCCCACCGCGCCGCUCUACGAUCCUGCCCCACUUCCUGGUUCCGGUCAGCUCGACGCCGAUCCCUCUCAACACAGCAUCGAUCUAGGCGUGCGCGAGCCCUUGUAUGACGACCAAGUCAUGCAGCAGCAUUACCCUUACGGCGGUGCAGCCGCAUUCCAGCGUUCCGACAGCUACCAGUCCGGCAGGCCCGGCGCAGGUGGCUACCACUCUAUAGAUGACGAAAAGAGCAUUCACUCGAAGCACAGCAACCAACCACCUGGUGCUUGGAACGCUGGCGCUCCCUCCAUGCCCUACAACAACAUGCCUACUUCUCACUCCACGAUUCAGAUGGCUCAGCCAGCCUACCCACCCAGCCCCUACGGCGAGUAUGAGAUGCACGCCACAGGCAUGCCCGAGCCAAACAUGUCCAUCGCAGGGCUUGGCGCGCCUGGUGCGCUCAUCGCUGCCGCACCCAUGCCCGGUAUGCAACAUCACGACUCGACCUAUUCUCGCGAGAAUCGCGAACGCAUCAUGCGCAAGCGCACCGUCAAGCGCAUCCCUCUCCAAGACGGCAACCUCGUCCUCGACAUUCCCGUCGCCAGCAGUAUCAGCAAAUCCACCACCAACAAUCCCGAGUUCCGCGAGAUGCGCUAUCAGGCCUGCACCUCGGACCCGGAUCGCUUCAUCGAGGAGAAGUACACGCUUCGUCCCUGGCUGUACGGCAGGGAGACUGAGAUGGCCAUCGUGCUCACCUGCUACAACGAAGACGACGUGCUAUUCGCCAGAACCAUGGGCGGUGUCAUCAAGAACAUUGCCCACCUCUGCAGCCGCACACGCUCCAAGACGUGGGGUCCCGACGCAUGGAAAAAAGUGGUCGUCAUCAUUGUAGCUGACGGACGCAAAAAGGCCAACGAGCGCAUGCUCAAGGCGCUCGGCUUGAUGGGCUGCUACAACGAAGGUGUCAUGAAGGAUCACGUCCUGAAAAAACCCGUCGAGGCUCACAUCUUUGAGUACACCACUCGCGUCCAAAUCACCGAGAAGGGGGAGGUCAAAGUAACGCCUUGUCCAAUCCAGGUCGUCUUCUGCCUCAAGGAACAAAACAAGAAGAAGCUCAACAGUCAUCGAUGGUAUUUCAACGCCUUUUGCCAGAUGCUCAAACCCAACGUCUGCAUCCUCCUGGACGUAGGCACCAAACCGACGGGCACGAGCAUAUACGAAUUGUGGAAGUCGUUCGACAAACAUCACCGUGUUGGCGGUGCCUGUGGCGAGAUCUGUGUCGACACGGGACGUGGCUGCACCGCGCUCUUCAAUCCGCUCGUCGCCUCACAAAACUUCGAGUACAAGAUGUCCAACAUCCUCGACAAACCCACCGAGUCGGUCUUUGGCUUUAUCUCGGUGCUUCCCGGUGCGUUCUCGGCCUAUCGAUACAAGGCACUCCUUGGCCGGCCUCUGGAGAUGUACUUCAAGGGCGAGAAGCUGCACUCGGGCGAAGGGAGCAACUCGAUCUUUGAGGGUAACAUGUACCUUGCUGAAGAUCGUAUUCUUUGCUUUGAGCUCGUCACCAAAGAGCGCGAAGGAUGGCUUCUACGAUAUGUCAAGUCGGCCAAAGCUUACACCGACGUUCCCGACAGGGUGCCCGAAUUCAUUUCUCAGCGUCGACGCUGGCUCAACGGUUCGCUCUUUGCCUCGUACUAUGCAGUGUGGCACUGGUACCGCAUCUUUACAUCUGGCCAGCCCUUCCUUCGCAAGCUCUGGCUGCUCUUCCAGGUCAUUUACAAUCUCGUCCUGCUUGUGUUCAGUUGGUUCGGCAUCGCCAACUUCUUCCUUGCCUUUUACUUCUUGCUCAGCGCAUCGACCAGUACCGAAGGUAGCGAUCCAUUCGGCGGCCAGGGCGCUGCUAUUGUCGAGAUUUUUCAAAACAUUUUCAUUGCUAUGGUCAUCGUCGUGCUCGUUUGUUCGCUGGGCAACCGGCCUCAAGGUUCCAACUUUGCAUAUACGUCCGCCAUCAUCAUCUUUGCGCUCAUCAUGGGACUCGCUUUGUAUGCAGCUGGCUACACCAUCUAUUUGGCGUUGGAUGCAGCUGGACUCACACAUACCAACGGGUGGCGCGUCGACAAUCUCGAGACACUGUUCAAGACCUCGGGAUUCCGAGAUAUCGUCAUUUCGCUCGCGGCGACCUACGUCAUGUGGUUGCUAUGCUCCUUGUUGCACCUCGAGCCUUGGCACAUGCUAACAUCUUUCGUACAAUAUCUCUUCUUGACCCCGACCUACGUUAUCAUCUUAUCCAUGUAUUCCAUGUGCAACACCAACGAUCUCUCUUGGGGCACCAAACAGUCGAACGGUCCGGCGACCGACUUGGGCGGUGCUACGGGCUGCAACUCGAAGCAGGACGGCAAGGGCGAAAUGGUCGAUGUCAAAAUCCCCACUUCAGCUGCCGACGCCGAAGAGCUGUGGACGCACUACCGACAGACGCUCUCACAGCCCACUGUCGAGGUUAAGCAGAAGCGCGACAAGGCAACGCGACAGGAAGAUCACGCCAAGAACUUCCGUACCAACCUGGUGCUCAUCUGGAUGUGCACCAACGCCUUGGUCGUCAUUAUCUUCACCAGCACGUGGUGGAACAAGUACGUGCGUAAUCACAUUUACGCAGGGGCAGUUCGCAGGGGCGAGCCUGUGAUCAAUCCGUAUCAGUCGGCGAUCUUCUGGUCGACCGCUGGACUGUCAGCUGUACGCUUUGUUGGCAGCAUCACUUUCUUAUUAUUGCGCCUCUUCGGACACUGA